CCAUCUAAUUUUCUUUUAUAGUUUCUCUCUUUUUUGUGGAACUGCACAUUGAAUCCCUGGAACCAUGAGCAACUACACUGUGUCAUUGGUCGGCCCAGCUCCUUGGGGUUUCCGUCUCCAAGGUGGCAAGGAUUUCAACAUGCCCCUGACAAUCUCGAGUCUGAAAGACGGUGGCAAGGCAUCCCAGGCACAUGUGCGGAUAGGCGAUGUGGUCCUGAGCAUUGAUGGCAUUAGUGCACAAGGGAUGACUCACCUGGAAGCCCAGAACAAGAUUAAGGGUUGCACAGGCUCUUUGAAUAUGACUCUGCAAAGGCAUUGUUGUACAUGCUGUGAAUAGAACAGACCCUCAAAAGUACCUUCCCUCGUAGUGCUGUCAGUGGGCAAACAGACAAAAGCCAAGAAAACUGAGUAUAUAAUACAUUGAUUGCAG